AUGGAUCGCUUAAAGGUAGUUCUGCAAUAUUUCCAGUCGAAUUCCGAGUCCAUUUCCAAUGGUAUAUGCAUUUUGCUUUCUCUGAUCGGCGUAAAACUCUACACCAGCUUUGAUUUUAACUGCCCUUGUCUGCCGCAGUACAAUAAAAUGUACGCACUCGGUGUGAUGUUUGUUCCACCGCUUAUUCUCUUCUUACUGGGGAUUUUGGUUAAUCGGCACACUGGAGUGAUGAUGGAGGAAUGGGCCAGACCCAUAAGCAGGAGGGCCAAAAAUCCAGCUGUUGUGAAGUAUUUGUUUUCAGCUAUGAUGCAGCGGGCCCUGUUGGCACCCAUGGUGUGGAUCCUGGUAUCCUUACUGGAUGGGAAGUGUUUUAUUUGUGCCUUCAGCAUGAGUGUGGACCCUAAACACUUCAGCGGGUUCCCCAAUAACACUGGUCUGGAUGUGAUCAGGAUCAUGGCUAAGGUGCCCUGCAAGGAAGACAGCAUCUUCAAAGACAGCACUUUCCGGAAAGCUGUCUCACGUUACGUGCGUUGUUACUCUCAAGCAAUAGGUUGGUCCAUCCUUCUCUGCCUCAUUUUUCUGGGUGCAGUGGCUCGAAUUAUUAAACCAUGCUUCAAUCAUGCCACCUUUCUUCAAACACGCUACUGGAGCAAUUACUUGGACGUUGAGGCAAAGCUUUUUGAUGAGACAUGUGUCCAUCAUGCCAGAGAGUUUGCCAGAAAAUGUGUAGUGCAUUUCUUUGAGAGUAUGGAGGAUGAUGCUGUUCUCAGGAUGCCACUCACCCCGAACCUCAGAUUUAACAAUAUCAAUGAUGAGACUGAGGAAGAAGAUGAGCAUCUCCAUGGUGUGACCAGGAAGGAUCAGGUGGAUCACUUGCUCCAAACUUGGUUCCAGUGCAGACCUGAGCUGGAUGUGACCAAGAUGGUGUAUAGACCCACUAAAUGUAUUACUUGGGAAGACCCUAAUGGACAUAUACUUUACUCAGAUGUAUGACAUGACACUAAAAUAACAUACUAGUGCAUAUAUGUGAACAUGGGCGUCGCCACCAUUGAAUGUGAAGGGGGCGUGUAUAUAUACAUAUAUAAUAAUUCUUCAUUUGGAAACCCCCCCCCCCCCCAACAUAAAAUAUUAGUUCACCCAGCGCCAUUUAUUGCUUCGUGAAAGAAUCCAUUCCACUUGAUCGAUAAGAGAAUACACAUACCACUGAAAAUCCACUCUGGGUUUUCCGGGCGUUACCUACAACAACUCACCGCACACAAGUGAAGUGAAUCUCAGUGCAAGCAGAGACAUUUUGGUGCAGCUACUCGAAAGUGGAGGAGGUAACGUCAGCCCCAUUGCCACCUCACAAUGUCUAGCUUUUGCUAAAACCUUAUUCUUUUGUUAUAUGCCCUCAAAAUUAACCCUAGGCCACGUUAAAU